AUGCGAGGCUGUCCUGACGUGUGGUUCAAAGUUCAGGUUAUGCCGUUUCAGUGUUGUUUCCUCUCAGGGCGUGAGCCCUCUCGUUUGUGUGUGUUGAACUGUCUGAGCUGCAGGAUGACCCGCUGUGCCCUCAUCGCUCCCCUCCUGCUCCUGUGCCUCCGCAGUACGGUCACUCAAAAAAACGAGGAAACUGUCGCAGCAGCGUCCCCUCCAUCUGCAGCAUCCGAUGGCGUGAAUGAAGAGGACACCGACUGGGGCCUCAACUCUCUGAGAGGCAGCUUUGAGGCUGCCAGCGGCUACUUUGACUCAAUUCUGGAGUUCAUGGGUGGCCGGGAUGGACUCUGCCAAUACCGCUGUCGAUAUGGUAAUGCUCCACUUUCACGUCCUGGGUACCAGAUGCCUGAACCUAAUGGGUGCAGCUCCUACUUCUUUGGUUUCCCUGUUCCAGAGGGGAUGGAUAUGGGGAUCCCCGCCAUGACGAAGUGUUGCAAUCAGCUAGAUAUGUGUUACGAUACCUGUGGCUCAAACAAGUACCGCUGUGACUCCAAGUUCCGCUGGUGCCUCCACAGCAUCUGCUCCGACCUCAAGAAGAGCCUUGGUUUUGUGUCCAAAGUUGAAGCAUGUGAGACGGUGGCAGACACUUUGUUCAACACGGUGUGGACUUUGGGCUGCAGACCCUACAUGAACAGCCAGAGAGCAUCAUGCUACUGCCAAGGAGAAGAGAAAGAUGAACUCUAAAUACAAACCACAUUCCUAUUUAUAAGA